CCUUUUUUUGCAAGCUGUCCUGUGUUUUGAAUUGCAGGUACUUCUCAGUGUUGUGCGACCUCUGGCAGCCGAGGACAUAAUAGACCGUAAUCAAAAACAAUGAUCAAACCAUAAAAUCUGCUUGCCAUCAGACACCUCAAACAGAAGAAUUCAUCUCCAGAUAUAUCUCACACAGCAGAUUAAAAACGUAGCAGCCAUGUUGUCAGUCUGUGUGGCGUUUCUGUUUCUCUGCACUGCCCACCUGCCACUAGACUCCAAUGCCCUUCCCUUCGAGCAGAAAGGAUUCUGGGACUUUGGAAAAGAUAUCGAUGUGAAAGAGCUGAUGAUGAUGAUGGACCAGGAAGAAGGGUCAGCCAUGGAACCAUAUAAACCUGAACAUCCCACGUGUCCCUUCGGCUGUCGGUGCGAGCUCAGAGUCGUACAGUGCUCGGAUUUAGGUUUAGGUUAUGUGCCAUAUGAUAUCCCUGCAGACACACUGCUGUUGGACCUGCAGAGCAAUAGGAUCACAGAGAUUAGGGAGGGAGACUUUAAGGGACUCUCCAACCUCUAUGCCCUGGUCUUAAGAUAUAACCAGAUCUCCAAAAUUCAUCCAAAGGCUUUCCUCCCUUUGAAACGUUUGCAGAAGUUAUACAUUUCACACAACCUUCUGACUUCCAUGCCCAAAAACCUGCCUUCAUCUCUUGUGGAGCUGCGGAUUCAUGACAAUCGCAUCAAGAAAGUGCCGGCAUUUAGCUUCUCAGGCCUUCACAACAUGCACGUCAUUGAGAUGGGUCGUAAUCCACUCCAGAACAGUGGUUUUGAACCCGGAGCCUUUAUGGGUCUUAAACUGAACUACUUGCGUAUUUCAGAAGCCAAACUCACUGGGGUUCCCAAAGACCUUCCCAGCAGUCUACAUGAGCUUCAUUUGGACAAUAAUCAGAUUCAAGCCAUUGAGCUGGUGGAUCUCAGCCAGUACACCCAGCUACAGAGGCUGGGACUUGGCAGUAAUCAGAUUCGCCACAUUGAGCAUGGUGCUUUAUCCUACGUCACCAACCUGAGAGAGCUGCACCUGGACAACAACCGUCUACCCAGUGUGCCCAGUGGUUUGUCUCAUAUGAAGUAUCUGCAGGUUGUUUACCUCCAUUCAAACAACAUCACCAAUGUUGGGGAGGAUGACUUCUGCCCUACAGGAUUCGGGCUGAAGAAGGUCUUCUACAAUGGCAUCAGUCUGUUUGACAACCCAAUCAGGUACUGGGAGGUGCAGCCCUCUACGUUCCGCUGUGUCAGUGACCAGAUGGCUGUACAGUUUGGCAACCACAAGAAAUAAACCACUGAAAAACCGAUCCAAGAAGAGAACAAGACAAAAAUGAGCCCAUAAUUUGUGUAAAUCGUCAAGAUAUUUGAGUGAAGAAGACGAAUAAGAUGUACGGAGGCAUAAUUCAGAAGAAACGUGGACUCCAUUUAAACAAAGGUGGUUGGAUAACCACUGGUGUAUUCAAAACUAUUGAUGUGUGUAAUUCCCUGCUAACAUUAAUGAAUAUGUACUCCACAAAAAGUGCCUUUUAUCAGUUUAGUUGAGUUGAAAUAUCUAACAGCUUCAUUUGCUUAGUUUCGAUUGAUUGCGUCUUUAAAUAAUGAGCUCAAUUCUCAGUUUGUCAUUCUGGCUGGCUGAUUGUCGCUCAUUCAUUAUUUUAAUACUGUAAUAAAGUGGAUUUAUUACGUGGAUCACAAAACA